UUUUCCGUUAGCGCCGUUGGAGGGGGCGCGGAGCUGGCCCGGCCAAACGAUUCAUUCCUCCGAUGGCUCUGCCGCCUCCGGAUCCACGGUUUGUCCUAAGAGGUACCACUGCUGCAGUCCACACUCUGCAUUUUUCCUGUGGAGGCCAAGAACCUGAUUUCCCGAUUCUUUUCUCUGGGUCUGAGAGUGGUUUUGUCCAUGUCUGGAACCUGAAAACACGCAGAGUGGAAACAGCACUGGAUGGGCACGGAAGGAAGUCAGUCUACUGGGUGGAAACAAUGGGUGCUAAAGACAGACUCCUCAGUCAGGGUCGGGACCAAAGGAUCUGCCUGUGGGAUUUAGCAGAAGGACGGACUUCAGUGACGGAUUCUGUGUUCACGGAGAACGUGGGAUUCUGCCGAUGCUCGCUCUUAAAGGUGGCCCAGGAGCGCUGGCUAAUGGCCAUGGCAGCCAAGUCCCUAGAGGAGGUUCAGGUUUUGGAGCUGCCAUCCAAGACAUCAGUCUGUACCUUGAAGCCAGAGGUGGGUGCCAAGCUGGGCAUGCCCAUGUGUCUUAAGUUAUGGCAGCUGGACACUGGUUCUCAACCUUGGCUUCUGGCUGGCUAUGAAGAUGGAUCAGUGAGCCUUUGGAACCUGUCAAUGGGCAAAGUGUGGAGCCAGCUUGUUUGCCAUCAGGAGCCAGUGAUGAGCCUUGACUUUGACUCGGAGAAGGCCAAGGGGAUCUCAGGCUCAUCUGAAAAGGUGCUUAGCAUCUGGAGCCUCAAUGAGCAACAGAACCUCCAGGUUCACAAAACACAUGAGCUCAUCAACUCUGGCAUAUCUGAUAUUACCAUCCGCUCGGACAAGAAGAUCCUGGCAACAGCGGGCUGGGAUCAUCGCAUCAGGAUCUUUGGCUGGAAGAAGAUGAAGCCCUUAGCAGUGCUGGACUACCACACAGCCACGGUCCAUUGCGUGGCCUUCUCAGAUCACAGGAACCCGAGCGAGAGGCUGCUAGCAGCUGGCUCAAAGGAUCAUCGCAUCAGUGUCUGGUCAAUAUAUGCUCAGACAUGACACAGGCUGCACUUUCAGGGAGUGUGAAGCAGGAAUUCAACUCUGGACUUGGGGAAGCAAUACAGUGUAUUUCCAGGCUGAAGUCUGAGUCCCUGGAAAAUGAGAGAUUGAUUUUUAUGCUGUUCUACAGCAAUGUUGCAAGAUUUUUUUUUUUCUAGAAAGGGGAGUUAAUAUUUAAAAUUAAUAUGAAGUGGAGCAAAGCCAGUCAUGAAUGAAGACACAGGACGAGUAGCUCUGAGUCCUGUUGCAGGUUUUGUCAUGGCUUUUUCUUUGCCAAGUUGCUUGAAUAGCUCAUGCCAAUUUCUUCUUUUGCAAGAAGGGACUGGAAUCUCUCAAGACUGCUGUGGGGGCAGAAUCUGUCUGUUUGUAAGUCAUUUAUGGAUCCAAGAUUCUGAAUCAGUGUAAAAUAUGACUCUUUCUUGAGAAUUUAUACCCAUUAAACCACCUCCAGUGGUUUCUCAUUGUCAGUUACUUUUUCUUCCCUGUGACUGGAAGGCUAUCAGAACAACCUUGAUUUGUUCACACU